ACAACACACAUUGCAGCACGGGCCCACACAGCUCCAACUUAGCACACACCACACACACCCGCCCCCCCUCUCGCAGUCUCUCCUCUCCCUCUCUCCCCUGCCGCCGCUCCCGUCUGAGCUUCUUCUAUUUUAGUUUCCCUCUCUCGCUGUCAACGACCCUCGCUGCCAAAAGCAGACGAGAACAGCAGCAGUAGCAGCAACAACAACAAGAGCAAGAAGGAGAAACUGAAUCGAACAGCACUGUUGAGUGUUCAACCGUGCGCUUGAGUAUCGGCAGCAAGAAGGAAGAACAACCAGAACAAGAACGGUAAUAAGCCGGCAACACUUUGUUUUCUCUCUCUGGACGCUGAGAGCUGUUCGACUUGGGAAGCUGCCUCUGCCUGCCUGCCUGCUGCUGCCGCGUCUAAAAUAACGUUGUGUUCAACUGGUCGAGUGUUCUUCACCAACGCGACUGAACCUCGCCGGAGAGCGAUCGUAUCGUUUCCAUGUUGCCUUAAAGCAACGGCGACAUCUGCGCUGUAGAUGUUAAUUUCCACAGAAUUAGUUGUACUCUAUUCUCCGCAGAAAAACCUUACGGGGUUAUUUUCAGAAGUGUCGCGUGUGGGAUUCAAGCUUUAACAACUUUUUUUGAGUUUAGUGCGCUCAACAGAAGAUCACAUAUGCGCGCCUCAUCUCAUGACCUAUAGCAUUUCGAGUCCGUUUGCCUUUGUCUUCGACUGAACGCUCAACGGAAUAAGCAUCAUUAGACAACUCCGACGAAUUCUCUCCAAGCCAUGGAGCUGGGCGGCGACCAUCAGCUGGGCCCGAUGGGGCAGCAGGUUCUUCACGUGCGCGGGGACUCCGAGACAGACCUGGAGACGCUCUUCAACACCGUGAUGAACCCCCAGGUGAGCGCAGUGGCCAGACCCUGCCAGGGAGGCGCGCUGCCCUGGCGCUACAGGAAACUCCCUCCGUCCUUCUUCAGGGAGCCCGACUCUGGCUCUCACUCGAGGCAGUCGAGCGCCGACUCCACAUCUCCGUGCGGCGGGGGACACAACGCUGGUCCGCCGCCGCCACCGCCACCGCCGAUCCAAUCCUCCCUCCCUCCCGGGAUUGUCCCACAACAUAGCCGCUCCCACUCCUCUCCGGCGAAUCUGCAACAGAUUCAGGGAGGACUCGGUGGAUUUGGACCUUUUCAGCAGCAGCAGCAGCACCAUCAGCAGCAGCAGCAGCAUCACUUGCAGCAUCAGCACCUUCAUCAGCAGCAGCAUGGGAGGCAGCUGUCUUGCAGUGAGCUUCAGCAAGCGACGCUUGCAGUCGGGGAACCUCCAUUGCCUCCAGGCUGGGAAGUCGCCACCACUCCAUCCGGCCAGCGCUACUACAUCAACCACAACAAUCAGACGACCACGUGGCAAGACCCGCGGAAGACGAUGAGCCACGCAAGUCUCAUCUCUCCGCCGUCGCGCACCACCGUGACCAGCGGCCCGACCCGGCACGGCGUCCACGUCCUGGGGUCCUUUCCGGACGGCUGGGAGGAGGCGGUGAACCAGAAGGGAGAGAUGUACUUCAUCAACCACAAGACUAAAGCCACCUCGUGGAUGGACCCACGUCUCGAUUCUCGAGCCGCCAUUCCCCAGCCGCCCGCGCCUCCCAUGCCAGCCCAGAACGUCGUGCAGCAGCCUCAAAGUGGCCCCGUACCGAGCCUGCACGCAAUGAACACGGCCGCGUGUGGCCUGGUAUCACCACAACAGCAGCAGCAGCAACAGCAGCAGCAGCAACAGCAGCAGCAACAGCAGCAGCAGCAGAAGCUACAACUGCGGAGGGUGUUGAUGGAAAAGGAGAAGCUGUGGCAUCGUCACCAAGAACUCAUGCAGCAGGAGCUGAUGAUUCGCGAGGGGGUUCAGCCGAUGGCGCAGAUGCCCACCAACCCCACGCACAGCCCGGACCCGAGACCUCUUCCCAGCAGCACCUCGGACCCAUUCCUCUCCAGCAGUGGGCCGUUCCACUCGCGGGAGGCGAGCGCCGACAGCGGCCUGGGCAUGGGCAACUACAGCCUCUCGCGCACGCCGGAGGAGCUGCUCAGCAGCCUGGAUGAGAUGGACACAGGUGCGGCUCCUGUCCCAUGUCCUGGCAGCCACUUUGGCGCUCCCACCAUGGGCCAGCCGACAGCCGGCAAUCCGGCUCCGUGUGCUGUGAGCAGCCAGCAGUCCAUGGCCACUCCGUGUGCCAUGCCCUCUCAGCAGUCCAUGUCGGGACCGUGUUCUAUGUCUGCUCACCACCCAUCCAGUGGUACCCACUCGGGCCCAGGCCUGGUCUUCCCGGACCUGCUGGAGCCCGAGUCGAUGGCGAUGGACAGCGAUGAGCUGGUGGCGAGCCUGAGCGACUCCCUCGUGCCCGAGAUCUUGGGCGACGUCGAGGCCGUCCUGGGAUCGGUGGCCUCCCACGGCAACCGAGACAGCCUCAUCACCUGGCUGUGACGGUGACGGUGAGGGGAGACAGCCUCAUCACCUGGCUGUGACGGUGACGGUGCGAGGAGACGCAAACCGCCGAGCGACGGUGAUAACAAAAACAAAAAGCUCUACCUUGUGGUUAUUUUUGGGGGGGUUUGUAGCCUGCCAGAAGAUAAAGAUGAAGAACCCUGCUCCAAACCAACAACAACAACAACCUAAAUUGGUGGGGACAACACACGUGUUUGUGUGUGUGAGCACAAGGGGUAAAAAAAAAAAAUCUGGAUGUUGAUUCGAUUCUGAGGCGUGUGCGAGCUAGAUCUGAAAGUGACUGCAAACCUUUAGCAAUGGAAUUGAAAUGUCGUUUUUUCUUUGUCAACCACCGUUAACGGAUAUGCAUGAAUUGCUUUUGACGGGGACUUCAUAAGCCACCCUCUAUAAACGAAACAAAUAACAGAGGGACAACCAGCCGGGAUGUUUUUAUUCGUCCUCUACGUGUUCAGGCAGCAAGUAAACAUUAAUCGAUUCUUACGCUCACGAAGCAUGCAUAAAAUAAUGCUCUUAGGUGCACAUUAUUCCAAUUUUAUACAAAUUAUAUGGCAAACGUUGCCUGUUACUGAAUCGCCCGGAGUUCGUUUAGUCUCAUGACUAAACGGAAGAUAAGCAUGCGUUGGGCCUGGAUGAUGCUCGGAUGAGUGACCACCACGCAUCAACCAUGUGUUGUGAGCAGGUGGCACUGCAGCAAAACUAUAUCGUUGUGGUGUACUUCUAUGCCACCCUGUCUAUGCUCCCAGCCCUCUGGCCAGCACGAAGUAAGGUCAAAUAACUCCCACGACCUCCACGGCAUGGGGAGACCAUGCACACGGUCGCACGGCAUUUGCUAAUGCCACCUUUAGGCUGAUGCAGAGGUCGCAAACGGGUUUUGAUCUCUUACCCGUACCCGGCCGCACCAGGGUCGAAAACGGGUACCCGUACCCUACCCGAUACCCGGCUACCCGUACCCGGCCGGGUAUCGGGUAGGGUACGAGUACGGGUACUCGAUUGCGACCUCUGGGAUGAAGCCAUGUUGCAGGCGCGGGUGGGUUGAUUCUAAGAACUUGAAUUGUGAGAAGAGACAAGACGUUGGGAAAUGAGUGACAAACGGUUACUCACCAGUGACUCACGGCCUACCCGCACCCAUACCCGGCCGCACCAGGGUCGCAAACGGGUACCCGUACCCGGCCGGGUACGGGUAGCCAGGUAUUGGGUAGGGUACGGGUAUCGGAUACCCGGUUGCGACCUCUGGGCUGAUAGGGCGAACAAGAGUUUUGUGAAGAGAGCGAGGGCAGAGCGAAGGUGAAGCGGUACGAACGAGGAAGUGUAAAGGAUGCGACAAGAACAGCAGCGAAUGAUUAUCGUAAGCUCGUAAGCAACAGCAACCCAACCCUCCCCCCCCCCCCAACAUACGACGACCGUAAAUUUCGAUUUAAAGCUUUCGUGACUGCAGGGAUUCAUCUUCUUGGUUCUUUCGGUAUUUUAUUACUUCCCUUCUACGUGACUUUACCGAAAGAGCCAAGAAGAUACGACGACCGUGUUGGUGAAAUCUCGGAGGACGGUGAAGUUCAAGGGUUACAUGCCGACAACAUAAAAUGUAAUGGAGAUCGUGGCCGUUGCGGUUGUAUAAUUGUUGCCAGAGGAGUGUCAAACUAUCGUUGUAAGUGCAUUAUACAUGGCGAUCCGUUUGUAGAUACUCUACCAAUAUAAUAGGAAGACUUUACUGAAAAAACAGCAUUCUAUUCGAAGGUCUCUCUGUGCAUUCCACCAAUAACAUCGCAGAUAAUAAUAAUAGAUAAUAAGGAAACAUUUUAACACUCUGCUUAAGACACUAUGUCCAACAUUGUCACAGUGAUUUGCUUACGAACCUAUGUCAGUGGAGCUAUGUGAGUGGGGCUAUGUCACGGGGACUAUGUCAGGCGAACGUGUGGGCUAACCCAAUUGUUCAUCCUCGACCAAUCCGACACACAGACGUCGCUUGUAACCAAUCACGUCUGGCACGAGACCAGGUUGAAUAGACAUCAGUGGGGUCUCUAUGAAUGGAUCACCCUGUGAUUAUAAUUGCAGUAAGCCUGUCCAACAGCCAUACUCCGGCUUUCUCACUGACCUUACGACCUGUUGUGCUUGACACUUACGUGUGGUGAUAGGGAAAGCUUACAGGCAGGGUAUAAGAGCUAGCGCUAUACAUACGCGCACGUGUGUGUGUGUGUAAGCUGUCAGCGGUUAUUAGCGCUGCGCUACGAACCCGGCAACGCGAGUUCGAUGCCUGCUCAUGGCCAACACUGGUGAUGAUGAUCUGAACCGUUCCUGGGCCUCUCCUAGAUCGACUCAAAUGAGUGCCUGGUGCGGUGUGUAGUAAACAUCGCCACUAGGGAGACAAAUGCGGCCAGGCGUGGUGCUGGCCACCCACCCCCUCGUGUGCUGUGCCGGCCUUCAUAGGUGCUCGCUAAAUGCUCUCGCCCCAAAAGUCUGUGAAGGCUAUACGAGGGAGUGUUGUGUGUUGUGUAAGCCGGCGCUGGAUUUGAAUGAGGCUACAGGUGUUUGGCUUUCUCAGAAUCCUGCAUUUUAAAUCCAUGAGCAAUCCAUAUUCGUUAACAUUGAUCAUAUGUGUAAUCCUCAGAGAAGUACAAAGCAAGGCAGCAGAGUAGCAAUACAGACCUGUAUAUGUUUUACUUGAAUUAGAUGCCUUAGAACUGCUGUGCUUUAUUACCGUAAUUUAUAUCAUCGUUAUCUUCAUUAUAUCCAUCGUGACAGUCAACAUCAUUCUCAUCCCUUGGAUGACAAUUCAAUACAUCGCUAACGGCAGUGCAUAAGUGGCAAUGAUUACCACGGAAAGUAUCGGUGAAUCCAAAGACUACGUUUCUUGCGGGUUCUGCUUUGCGAUGGUUGGUCAAUUCCCUUUGUUAGAGUCCUACUACGGCGUUCGUGGUUGUGUCGUAUCGCUCUCUCGGGUUUGCACUGUGCGCGUUUUGUCCGGCACAAUAUCCGACGCCUCUCUGGCACGUGCUGGGAGCUUUUAAGAAGGUCCCAGAACGUGGGGCAAAACGUCGGACAACACGCUGUACAAGAUGGAUGGUGUGUGCGUUAAAUAGGGAGAUUGAGACGUUAUACGCCUUUUUGAAUAACUGCUUUUCAUUGCAUUUUUAAACACAUUUUCUCAAACUAUAUUUGACGAAUAUUUUCGCGGUGCAUUCACGGCGCGGCAACAUUAACGCACGCACACUCUUUUGUUGUUUGUAAUAUCAUCCGCCUUAUUUUUUAAACCUUCCAUUACAUUGACACGUAAAUGCAGAACCGUGGACGGAGGCUGUGCCGUUAGUAAAGCCACGGAAACCCUUCUGCCAUAUCACAUCUGGACAGAAUAUCAAAGCGCCUGCUGAGCCGCAGCGGCGCAACAUCGCCACGAUUUGGUGUCGGCGGACCAUUUUUCAUUGUCCGUGGCGUGCGCCGUCCUCUCCGGAGGACAUUGGCGAUGUGAACACGGGAAAGUCGCACGACCGCCCAAGGAUCACCGAUCAGAAAGCGAGCGUGGCGUAAUUUGCGGGUUGAUCCGCCGUGUCGAUUCAUCGCCGAUCGAGCCACGGAUCGAGUAAUGACAUGACACUAGCAUCCCCACCCACCCAUCCCCCUUCAUUUGAUUGACUAACAUCUCAGUUCACUUUUUGUUGUUACCACAGCGCCACAUUUUUUUCUGUACGACAUAAGGGAACCCGCAUUGGCUGCGUCGUUGAAGGCCGCACAUACGACCGCGGUUAAGGCGCACUCGGCCUCAACGGCAAAGGCGAAGCCCUGCAUUUGCUUGCUCUCGCCACCGCUGGGGAAAAGGAUCUCCACUAGACCAUCCCACCCCCUCCCCCGCGCCUUUAGAGGGCAUUUGGCCUACUCUUCCACGUUGGCUAGACUUCUUUAAAGAGUUGGGAGUACCCACCAUAAACGGUCGGCCUGCACGGUUACAAAGUGCACAAUUCAUUGCAUGCCUGCUUGACGUAUCGUAGGUUUUAUAUAUAUUAGAUGGAAAAGACGAGUAUCUGUAAAAUAAUGAUUUCUUCCAUGAGCCUAUUUAUUGGCUUUUUGGAUCAAUAUUAUCCCAGAAGCAUUUGUUCAAGCGGGCAAAGUCAACAAGUAGCUGCUUAGAAUCAUCGAUGAAGAGAGCCCACAGGCUGAGGGAGCGAAUCCUCAUUGUAUGUUGUUGAAAUGAUAUAAAUGUCAUGAUGGUUGCACAUUAUGGUGUUGAAUAUUUUUGGGAUUCACUCAUGAAUAUGUACACGUAACAAAAGCAUCCUUUGCGUUAAAUUAAUAUAAAAAAGUGCAAAAUACAGGUAUACAUUUUAAAAGAUCAAACUGACAACACUUUAAAAUGUAUUUUCUUUAUUCGUCGGAUUAUUAUUUAAACCAAUUUAUUGUUUUCACGCAUUUUUAAUCCACGAACACAAAAAACUAAAAACGUCGGUCGAGUGUAAAGGAUAAUACGAUACUUUUAUUGAGUGGAAUAGAUUUCUAUUUUAUGUUAUAUAUAAACAUAAUUAGUAUACUGUACCCACACACGUGUUUACACUCUCACACACAUAAACACAUACGUACGUACACACAGGCGUAGAAAAUAUUAGAUGUUUUGUUAUUUUUAUCCUUGUUGACUGGUUGGUCAGAGAAGACGCAGAGGUGCUGGGAAUAACUAAGAACAUACGGAGUAACCUGUGCCAAAUGAACAUUAAUUUCACGACUGUUACAUUGAUGAUCAAAAGUCAAAGCAGCCUCGUUAGGCACACGAGCCCGAGUUGGUUUUCAUCUCUGUUGGCAGCCUUCGCUGAAAUUCCACAUUUCUAUGGUGGGUGCCAAGUCAUUCGUGAGAACAAUCACUGCCGACUUCCCACAAAAGUGGCACUCAAAUUUAAUUGACUCCAGAGGAAUGAUGGUUAUGGGCUGAGAAUUGAACUCGAACAACCACAGGGCCACCUGCCCAGCUGUUAUCGGAAAAUUGCUCUUAAAAUGCAAUUGUCUCUACGUUUGUAUAAAUUUGUAGCAACAAAAAAAACAUGGUGCUAGGCAUUGAUAGCUUGAAAUCUAGUUCCUGUCAAUCAGAGAUGCUAACAAAAAAAGUCGCUGUCACCAUCUUUACUCUCUGUUAGGGUUGCCACCUCUGAGGUACGGACACUUGGGAUGUAUCGUGGGAAUAUGACUAUCUCGCGAUGUAUCGUAUGUAGUUUGUAUGUUGAACUUCUUUAGUACCGUACGUAGCCAGCCGUGCUCACUAGAUGUGCGUGGGGAAGGACAACAAACUAAACACAAAAAACGGUUCUAAAGAAAUUAGUUUUCAAUAUCGUUUUAAAAGUGUCAUAGCUCCAGUGGCUUCCUUAUAUGGGAAAGAAGAUCGUUCCAGACGGCCGCAGUAGCGCACGCUACCGGAACAGGGCAGAACUGCAUGUAAAUGCGUUGUCUUGAGUGUUAAAUUGUUUCGUAAUGGACAUAAACCCGGACUUUUAAAGUCCCAGGAAGAGGGACAGAUUUCCCAAGACAGCAUCUGCAUCAGCAGGAGCAUGAUCCUGGGAUGAACCCAGAACAGGUGGCGACCCUCUUCGCUAACGGGGAGAUUUGGUCUCAGGAGUUUUGGGAAUUAUAUAUAUUACCACUUACGUGAUAAUCAGAGUUUCAUCAUGAGCUGAUAUGGAUUUUUUUUGUAUCGAUGCCAAAUUUGUUGCAUAUUCUUUUUUACUGACCGUGGUUUGAUAACGAUUUAAUACAAAGCAUUGUGAGACGAGUUGUAAUGCAUCGUUUAAAUGAAUGAAAAGCAAACAGCUGAUAUAGCAUUCUGUGUACCCUAUUUUCCUAUAAUGCUUUAACAAAAAUGUGUUGGUAUGAUUUGCAGUUGUAUGAGCAUAUGAACCAAGAAUAUGUGAGCAUCUGGUGCCCAGAAAUUGUUUUAUUUACAUGCAGAACACUUAGAAAUUUGUGUAUUCAAAAGUAUUCUGAUCAAAGCUUUGCUGAUGGAUUUGUCGUGGUAAGUCAGUUUUGUUUUGAGUUGUACUUAAAAAAAGCUUUGCUUUGAAAGAAAGUAUUACUACCGAGAUCUGCAUGAUUUCACAUUACUCGUGGGGUGAUCAUUGUUCGAACAUAUUCUGUUCAUUGAUGGGAAAAUUAGAGAACAUGUAUGACAGCUUGAGUUUCCAACUCAGCUUGAUGUGUUGUUAUAUUAAAAAAAUAUAUCCAUUUAAAAAAAAAGUUUUUAAUGAAAGUAAUUUAUUUUUUACAAAACUUCCGUUCACAAGCCAGUUUUAAUGCCUCAUGUCCUGUGUGCGAUGAACUGGGCGAACACCACAACGCAAAACGAAGUGAUGUUUGGUCAAAAUAAGUGCCUAAACGGUUCAUAAAUAUGCAAGGCACGUCUUCAGAUGCAUGCGAGCUCGUUGAAAUCGAUCAUGAAUGUCACGUGUGUACGGUAAAGGUGCAGCCCUGCAAUUUCCCGCUCACACCACUGCUGACGGAAGGGCCUCCAAUAGAGGGAGCUCUAGAGAAGCGCUCUUCAAAGGGUACUUUGGUUUGCUCUUCCACACUGGCGAGACGUUUAGGAACAGGCAGGAGUAGCCACAUUUUGCUCCCCCGAUCGACUAACGUGAACUCAGUUAUAACGCUGUGCGGAUAGAGGCGGUGGAAGGGGAUUUAAAAAACAUGUUUUAACUGCCGCUCCUGGAGCUCUGGAUUGUAAAUCCAGUUUGCUCACCGUCACACCGUGGGACGCAUCCUUGGCGUAAUGGUUCGGCGCGUGUUGCCCAGGAAAUGUUGCUGUGCCUUUCUUUUUGUAACCCUCCCACAAACCCAAAGUAGAAAUAUAUCUUCGUAGUAACUAGUCCGUUUGUACAAGGUGGAUCUGACCUUUAAGAUUGAGGCUUUUUGUUUUUAUAUACAAAAAAAGGCAUGAAGAUCACGUUCAUGGAGAUGCAUGCUUCGAGUUACAUUUAGAGACAUUAAAUUGGAAUACGUGGGAUUCGAAAGCAUGCGCAGAUAUGUGUAUGCACGUCUAGCUUCUUUCGCACCGUACAUAACCAAAACGGUGCUAAUUAGCCAACCGUGCAAAUAACAUCAUCCAAACUGUUGCGAAAGCAAGCGGUCUCGAGCAGAACGCAUCGCUAGAAGGGAUUGAUAUCCAAUGGCAAGAUGUCACGAGUGGCAGCAAAGAAAUUGAAUGUAUGUGAGAGGACAGUCCCCGAGGAGAUGGAGCUAUUAAGUCAGCCCGUACGCAGGUGCCAGGUGAAUUAGCGCAUAGCAGGUUGAGGAGAUAUGGUGGGGGCCUUUGGGAAGCGUGGUUUGAUGGUGGUCGUUGAUAAUGUACGUUAUGCGAUCUUUUCGUUUUGAAACUGUCUUCCAUUAAAGCAGUCGAGAACGUCUCAGGACAGCGCCUGUCUUUAGCGAGGGAGAUCUGUGGGGGAAAAAAAAAACAGUGAUGAACAUAACUUUCACUUGAACUUCUUUCGCACCGUACGUAGCCAACAGCGCUAAUCGGAGGUGCAUACUCACGGGGUGAGCUAAGGGCACAAAGGCUAGAAACAUCGAGAAGUAGGAUGUGUGUUUCUUACUCUCUCAAAGUCAAAAGUUUGUUUUUGCUGAACUGAGUAAUCUCUCAUUUGGUGACCUUGAGCCUGGGUGGAAAUUCCACAUUAAUCAUAGGAUGACCACUGCCAACUACCUUCAAAGUGGUACUGAUUUUAUAGCCCCCCAACUCCAAUUAAUCUGUAAUCUCCAAUACAAGCGGAGUGCUGCAAGCUCACAGCGCCACCGUAGACAUGCAGUCACGGAGAGAAGGACUCACGUUUCGAUUUAAAGCUUUCGUGACUGCAGGGAUUCAUCUUCUUGGCUCUUUCGGUAAAGUCACGUAGAACGAAAAUAAUAAAAUAAUACAAAUAAAACAUAAUGAAAUAAUUCUCACGACGUUUCGGCCAAAACGCAAGCAGCCGUCCUCAGGUGAAGAACAGGUCUGUCGAGAAGGCAGAGUCUGAAUGAAACGUCAUGAGAAUGAUUUUAUUAUGUUUUAUUUUUAUUAUUUUAUUAUUCUCCUUCUACGUGACUUUACCGAAAGAACCAAGAAGAUAAAGAAGGACUCACGUGUUUUGUGGAUUAUGAUAAAAAUAAAACCCAGAUGAAAAUCUGAAAAUGUGUUUUACUUGAAGGACAUGCACAGACAUGCUGCAGAAAUUCCGAAUGAUCGAGGCAUCGUCCCACGAUAGAGGCAUUUAAGUUUCUGUCGAUACAUCUCGCAAUCAGGUUUUCAAAAUUUGUUCCAACAAAUGAUCUCGCCUCUUUCAUGAUCUCCAUAGUUUUGGCGCUUUCCCGUUCAUUUUUUUCACACUCUGAAGGGCUGUGCUGACUCCGAUCAAUUCUGACAUCUAGAACUUCCUUAGAGCAUUUUUUUUAAUUCCUGGGACACAUGACAUUUGCUGCGGUCGAAAUACAAAUAUCUCUCAUGCUGCAGGGAUACUUUUUUUCCAAAGAGCUCCCAUUUAUAAAUUGCCAAUUGUCAACCUCUGCGAUGACUUCACGCUCCUAUUGCUUGCUAUUUUUCCGUCAAUCACGUUUGUGUUGGUUUAUCUGAUUUCUUUUCUCGUUCUUUUGUUUGGCUACUCAAUCAUCAAUGUCUUCCCUCUUCCUAAACUUGCACAGUGUCAGAUUGUGUGUCCUGGAUUUGCAUGUUAACCUCUCACUUUAAACGCACUAUCCCAUCAUUAUGGUAGUCACGCAUUAUUUAAAAUGGUAACAUCCAUUUCAUACGUCUGUUCCUGGAGACCUUUGGAUAUGAAGGUAUUCAUUAUUUCCGUGCCCUUGCUGGCUGCAAACUUAUCAUCAACACAUCACUCAUUUCAGACUCGGUCGCCUCUAAUCACAAGCGCGUGUGUGGCAUUGUUCACCAAGAUCAUUGGGAAUGAUUUGCAGAAGCAAGCAGAGGUGCAUGCCCGGAAUUGCAGAGGCAGAUUAAGGAGCACGUGGAUCAGAGGACAUAGGCAAGUGAGAGACAUCGUGUUGACUGUUAACAGAAGCGGGCUUGGACAGGACGUGUCGUCGUUAGACGGGAUGACGCGCCCGAAAACACGUCCGCCGCGGAGACGGAAUGAUGAAAUUAGCCGAUAAGCAGGAAGCCGGGAUGGAUUGUUGCGUCCCGUCAGGAAUGGCGAUGGCUUGGGGAGCAGCUGAUGGUUCACGGCUGAUGACAAAUACCGCAGAGCUUUUCGUUAUUAAUUCAAAACCCGAAAAAAUUGGAUACUAAAUUUAAAAAUGUACAGAAAAUAAAUUGUUAAGAAAGUAUGUGUAUGACACUAAGGGCACAUCACAAUCGCACAAAAAUUCCACGAGGAAUUGAAUAUAUAAAUGAAAAGAUGGGGAUUAAAACUUUAAUGAUGAGAUAUUUGCAACUGAGACCGCAUUUCAGACUUUUCUGCAAAUGUACUCGUUAUCAAAUGAGACAAUUUUAAUCACACUUGGGAAAUUAAUAGUAAUACAAAUGAAAAAGCGUGCGGCACUGACGAUAUAUAUUCGUGUUCUAUUUUGACUGCCCUACAUGUGUUAAAAGUAUCAAGGCAGAUCGACCCUGGGCUCCAAUGUUAAUUUACAACAACAAAAAAACAACAAAAAUGUUAGCGGAAAUUAGAACCGCACACGCCGCUCGAAAAUCUAAACGACUUCCACAAUUACUAUCGUAAUUGAACCCGGUUCUGAUUAGGCAGGUGCUGUGAAAUGGCAAAGAAAUGUGAUGUAUUGGGGGUUGGUUGAUUGCUUGAGGAUGCGACUGCUGCAGUGGCUGUUAUGAAUAAUCCGAGCUUCCAUGCAUUGUAUCUUAACAAUGAUUGUUACAAACGAAUUCCAGUUGGACUCAUCCAUUGUGUUUACUCGUGCAUAUUUAAACUCAUUGCUGUUACGGUCAACAUUUGAGGUUUCAAAAGAAAAGAAAAAUAUAUUUUGACUUAUUUGUGGCCUUUUUUCUUUUAUAUUUUGGUAAAUAAAAAUACGUGUUUUAUCACUCAAUUAUGGUAUGCUCGUUGCUAGAAUACUAACAACAACAAAAAAACAUGCCUCAUUUUUUACACUUUGAAGAAAUUAUUUUUUAAAAAGUAGAUUGUUUUUGUUGUUUAUUUUACAACUACCGUUGUGCCUAAACGUUUUAUUGAUGUAACAUGCAGGGCUUAAGCUGUUUGUGGUUUUUUUUAGGCAGUCCAACUGAAACCGUGUUCAUGGAAUUUCGCAUAUCAAUGCACUGUGAUGUCAUUUGUUCUUCAGUUAUUUGCGUUUAAAACACUUCUUCUUUGUAAAUCCUUGAUUUAAAAACUGCAAUUGCAGUUGCCUCAUGUUGUUGUGUGUUCAGCUGCAUAAAAAAAGCAAAUAAACCGAAUUGUUAUUACACCAAAAGUGAUUAAAUUACGUGACUUUUA